CAGCCCCUCCACUCAUCCCUUUCAUUACCCUUGCAUCAUCCUGCUUCUAUCUCCACAUCAAAAAGACAUGGAUAGUGUUUGUGUUUAUGAAGAGAAGACAGUCAUUCAUGAGCUAUCUCAAGGGAUGCAAAUGGCUAACCAGCUAAGGGCUAAUCUGCAUUCACCUGAAGUAAGAGACUUUUUGAUACAAAAGAUCUUAUCUUCGUAUGAGAACGCUCUUUACGUUCUCCAAUCAGGCUAUUCUGCUGAGCGGCCUCCGCCACCUGCCCUUUCAGCACCUAGCCUGCCCGAAUCAUCCAUAUCCUUUGGGAGCCCAGAAAGUGAACAAUUCGAGUUCGACCAACCCUAUUCGUUUCAGCAAAGCGAAAACGUCAUUUCCCAAAAGAGAAAGGGGUCCCCAACAUGGGAAGAUCAAGUUCAAGCAAGCAGAAGCAAAGGGUUUAAGGGUGAUGUUGUUCGAUAUUCAACAUCAUUCGGACUCAUGGAAGAUUACCACCAACUUCGUUUUCCAAGUCAUUAUAAUGAAGAUUUAUUGCAAAUUUAUUCACCAUUGUUUAUCUCCCCAGUUACCUCUGAACCAAAUGUUUUCACAGAGUGGGGAUGUUCAUCCUUGGAUUUCCCGGCUGAUCUGGCAGAUGUACACCUUGAUUUUGAAUCAAUGAACUCUUUCUUUUAGAAGGUUA